AUGGCUAACUCUUGUAAUAAAGCUAGGAAUUUUUUUGGAGUUGUUCAACGCAUCUAUAAAAUUUUUGCCAAUUCUACUAAGAGAUGGCAAAUUUUGAAAUAUAAUGUAAAAGGGUUGACUCCAAAAUCGUUGUCAUCCACUCGUUGGGAGAGUCGGGUAGAAAGUGUCAAAGCUAUAAGAACACAAAUGUCUGAUUUUACAGAAGCUUUACUUGAAGUGUCAGAAAAUGAUCUCGAUCCUAAAAUACAAAAUGAAGCCAAAUCCUUAGCAACAAAUGAGCUUGGUGAUUUUGAGUUUUUGAUGGCUAUAAUUAUUUGGUUUGAAAUAUUAUCUGCAAUUAAUUCUGUUAGUAAGCUUUUACAAGAAAAGGAUAUGCUUAUUGAUGUUGCUAUGGAAAAAAUAAAGGGAUUGAUUUCAUUUUUUGAGGGAUAUAGAGAAACGGGUUUUUAUAAGGCACUGAUUAGUGCUAAGGAAAUUGCGAGAUUUGAGCAAUACCAAGAGUAUGAAAGUACUUUUGGUUUCUUGUUUACUUCUCACAAGUUACAAUCAUUGGAUGAUGCAACUUUAAAGUCUUGUUGUAGUAACUUUGAAAGAGUAUUGAAACAUAAUGAGCAAUCUGAUAUUGAUGGGAGUGAAUUUUUUGCGGAGUUAAAGUCCCUUAGAGAAAGGUUUCCGGAAGAAAUUAUAAAUCCUACCGAUAUAUUAUUAUUUUUGAAAGGCUUGGAUUGUUUUCCUAAUACAGUUAUUGCAUAUAGAAUUUUAUUGACUAUUCCUGUGACAGUUGCUUCUGCGGAGAGAAGUUUUUCAAAAUUGAAGUUAUUAAAGACUUACUUGCGGUCUACCAUGUCACAAGAAAGACUUAAUGGAUUGGCAUUGAUAGCUGUUGAAAAUGAUCUUUUGGAGAGAGUAAAAUAUGAAGACCUAGUUGAUGAUUUUGCUUCAAAAAGUGUUAGGAGAAAGGCUCUUUUUAAUUAG